AUGAAUCACUAAAAAGAGAGUGAAUAUGAGGAUGUAAUUAGAUUUGCAUAUUAUGUAGUCUGAUAGAAGUCAAUUAAGUUAAUCAAUUUAACAGAAAAAUAAGGAAAGAAAAUUAAGAAAAAUUGAAAAGUUAUAAUCUCUAAUCAACAAACCAUUUUAUUAAUUGACUUAGGAAGAAAUCAAUAAAAGAAGAAUACUAUCCAAAGUAUCUGAUCUUAUGGUUAAAACCACUAAUGCAUCCUAACUUCUAUAACCAAUUGAUCAAUAAAAAAGUAGUGAUCAUAAGUUUUUGCUUAACAUUAAUCAUCUGCAAAAUACUUCAAUUCCUAAAAUACCUCCAACUAUUGCAGAUUCUGAGAAAGAUUAUGUAGAUUAUUUGAUGAUGAAAAAGUGUAAUCCUAUAAAUAUAUAGAACUUAUAGAAAAGUAAGAGGAGUAGUUGAGAAAAUAAGUGACUAGAAAAUAAAACUUAAAAGAAAACUAUGAUUAAUUAUGGCAGCAGCAAGAGGAUCUAUCAGAUAAAGAAAUAUAAGAUCCCUUUAAUGUUAGUAAAGCACUGAAUAUAGUGCAUAAAAAGGAGCUUUAGAAAUCGGAUGAGAGAAUUUAUUUUGAUAAGAACUCUUCCUCUGUCUAAAGCAACUCGAACUUUCAAUCUUUGACUAAUUCAAGAUUAAUCCUUAUGUAAGAUCAAGAUAUAAAUGAAACUGAAGUAUAUUGCUCCUUUAAUUUAGUUUAGAGAACAAUAGGCAAGGAGAACUCUUAAAAAAAUGAAAACCAGAAAAGUUAUAAAUAUUGUCUAAAAAGCUACAAAAAAAAUUUAUAAUAAAAAAGAAGAGUAAAUUUAAAAAGAAUUAAUUAUGCAUUAAGUUUAUAAACAAAUGAAUAAAGAAAAAAAAAAGGAGAGUAUAAAAUCAAUAGAUAGUGUUUUUAGAAAUUGUAAUAAUUUUUGAUUAACGUAUUAGCUCAAAGUGAAUAAACCUUUUUGUAAUCCUAAAAUCAUUAGAAAAUGAUUACAAAUAAAUUACUUAGCGAAAAAACAUUUUUUUAACCUAAGAAAUUAAAUGAAAUUAGACCAAUUUAAAGCAGGGUUCAAUUAAGUCACAUUAUCUAAAAAUAAGACUCAAGAAUUGAUGAUACCCCUCCUAAAUUUCAAAGUAGAAAAAUAAGUCUCAUUAAUGAUAAAAUUGCUAAUUUAGUAUAGCAAAUUGAUUUAAUUUAACAAAAGGAAAUGGAUUAAAUGACCUUUAUAAAAUAACUGGAAAAUGAGCAAGAUAUAUAUCAGACUUAUAGGUAGUCUCUUUAACCAGAUUAAAUUUAAGAUACAUUAAAAUCGCUCUUAGGUCCAAGUAACAAUAAUUAUAGAAAACCUUUUAGGUUUAGUAAUAAAAAAUUUUUUAAUCAAGUUUUAUGA